GGGCUGAAGAGCCGUGACGUCACGAGAAAGCCGAGGUCUAUAUAUACGGGGCAGACCCUCCCUCCGGCAUCACUCGUAGGCCAGCAGUCGCUCGCUCACGUCGCUUGCUGCCCGCGCAUUGAUACUCCUCGGUUAUCGCUCACUCGAACUCGCGCUUCCGUCGCACGCACUCGCGCCAUGACCGUCUCUAGCAAGAUGAACAGUGUUUCUCGCCAGUCGGUGCUCAGCCGACUUGGCCCUGGUGGACUUCUCUAUGCCGCUAAUAAAAUUAUUGCGGUCGCUGUGCCUGGCAAGGAUGAGGACCGAUGGCGUGGCAAGGAGGACGGCGCGCUUUUCAAGCGCUGGCGCCGCUCCUCGCCUGACACCGCGCCUCCUGCCGCUCCCGCACAGCCAUCGGAGCUCCUCAAGUUUCUGGCUAUUAAUGCGCUAGAGCUAUCAGCUCCGGCAUCAGACGCGUUGCUGAAGUCCCGUUCUUCGGAAUGGUUUCAGCUGGCGGGGCACCCCGGGUCGCUGGCGCCCGCGGGCCCCGGCACGGUGUGGAAGCGCCGCUCGCCCGGCGACCACCCGCACCACAACCCUGAGCGCGACGCCUACGAGGCGCUCGCCGCCUGCCCUCACAUGCGCUCUGCCAUUCCUCGCUACUACCGCGAGCUGGAGUACGGCGGCGAGAGCUUCAUCGAGCUCCAGGAUCUUCUUCAUGGCUUCCGCGACCCCCACGUAAUGGACGUCAAAAUGGGAACCCGCACCUUCCUCGAGGAUGAAGUCAGCAACGCACGAGCCCGCGCCGACCUCUACGAGAAAAUGGUCCGCCUGGACCCCAACGCGCCCACCGAAGCGGAACACGCGGCGCGGGCCGUCACCAAGCUGCGCUACAUGCAGUUCCGCGAGCAGCGCUCGUCCUCCGCCGAACAAGGCUUCCGCAUUGAAGCCGUCAAGCUCCCGGGCGAACCGCCCCUGACAGACCUGCAAAACGUGCGCGAGCCGAACCAGGUGGCGGCCACCGUCGCACGUUUCCUCAGCAAGAACGACCGCGCUCGCCGCGCCAUCGCUACCCGCCUCCGUGAAAUUAGAGACCUGUUUGAACGCUCAGAUUUCUUCAAGAAGCAUGAGAUCGUCGGUAGCAGCAUUUUCAUUAUUUACGACGAGGAACGCGCCGGAGCCUGGUUGAUCGACUUCGCUAAGACUAGGAGCGUACCGGACGGUGCGGAAGUGACCCACCGCGCUCCUUGGGAGCAAGGCAACCACGAGGAAGGUUUUCUUUACGGAUUGGAUAGACUGAUAGACAUUAUAGAGACGGCCGAUUUGCCGGCGCGAGACGACGCGGCGGCGGAGCCCGACGUGUCUCGUUGAACGGCCGGCGGGAGGACCCUGGACUCGCCUCGCGACGACAGUCGCUCGCUCACAUGAGCCCGCGUGCCGCGUUCCAAGCGCCCGAGGUGCCGCAAGGAGAAGCACAAAAUUAUAUGCUAUUUGUGAAUAUGAGAAAAUUGCGAUUUAUACUUGAUCUAGUCCCGUUUUGUAUUGAUAUAAAAAAGCUUAACUUUUAAA